AUGUCCUCCAACAAGUUUACGAGAGAGUACAAGCUGGUCGUGGUCGGCGGCGGUGGAGUCGGUAAAUCGUGCCUUACGAUCCGAUUGAUCCAAUCCCACUUCAUCGACGAGUACGAUCCGACAAUUGAGGACUCGUACCGAAAGCAAUGCAUCAUCGAUGACGAGGUAGCACUCCUUGACGUGCUCGACACGGCAGGGCAGGAAGAGUACUCGGCGAUGCGAGAGCAGUACAUGCGGACAGGCGAGGGCUUUCUGCUCGUUUACUCCAUCACGUCGCGGGAGAGCUUCGAGGAGAUUACUACUUUCCAGCAACAAAUUCUCCGCGUGAAGGACAAGGACUCGUUCCCUAUGGUGGUUGUAGGGAACAAGUGCGACUUGAACGAAGAGCGGGAGGUGUCUUAUAACGAGGGAUUGGCCCUCGCCAAGUCGUUCGGGUGCAAGUUCCUAGAGACGUCAGCCAAGGACGCGCUCUACGUGGAGGAUGCCUUCUACAAUACGGUGCGGGCGAUCAGAUCUUACAACCGCCAAGUACAGGGAUACUCGAACACAGGAAGCGGUCUCUCUAACCGGGAUGGGCCCUCCGGCAAGCUGGAGCUCGACGAUAACGAAGACGAGCGAGCCGGCUGCUGCAGCAAGUGCGUCCUGAUGUGA